CCUAAUCGCAUUACAUGUUUCAUUUCCUUUUAUCUCAUGAAAUGCAAGAUUUUCUCCUCUUAUUGAUAAAUAUUUAAUUUCGCUUUAUUUGAGUCUUCUUUCUUAAAUUUCGUCUAAAAAUCCUCUCCCAAUUUCAUUUCCAAAGCUUUUCAAUUCUCUUGAUUGUUCAUAUAAUAUAAAUUUCUUCUUUUUCAGCUAUGGGUGUUGCAGUUCUAAAACCAGACGAUUGUUUAAAGCUACCAAAUCCCAUGAAACAACGAAAUAGUCUUUGCCUUAACCCGAACCGAUCGAAUCGGUCACACCCAAACCGUAAAACUCGGUCUCCUACCACCUCCCCUCCUUCCCAGUCCGCCGGCCCCAAGGUACCGCCUAAAGAUCUCGUGAUGGGUCAAGUUAAGAUCCUCAAACGCGGUGAGGUUCUAAAAAAACCGACGCCGGAGAAGUCCGUCAGGUUCGAAAAGGAAAACAUUGACGUUGUAGAUCUGGGUUCCACUAACCGUUUGGGUCCUGAUCCCGGUUCCGUUCCGACCCAGAUCCGACUGACCAAGUCAAACAACAAUAAGAAGGUCGUCCCAGCCUCUUUUUAUGCUGGGUCGGCCUUUAUAACCUCGCCGCCUCCGAGUUCCGUCCCGAUGCCGGUGUUUUGCACCAAGAAGAUCAGCGUUACCGUAAAGAACGACGACGCCACGAGCGACUUAAGGAGGAUAUUAAGGCUCGAUUUGUAGUCAUACCCAGAAAUUAAUUCGUGUCAGUUUCUCGUUUUCAUCGUUUGGGUUCUCUCUUAUAUUUCGAUCAUCCCUUAUUUUUUCAAGGGGAAAGAUCGAAACAGGAGUAGGUUUUAGCUUUUCAAAUCAUGUUCUUUAUGCUGUAUAGCGUAACUUGGGUCUUAGAUUUGUUGAUUUGCUUGGUUUAGAAUGCAAAGGUGUGUCUGGGUUUUCGUCUAUCAACUCUUUUCAGUUUUUUUUUUUAAUUUCCUUAUAGAAGAAUGUAAUUUCUAGUUUGGGAAAAAGGAUAUAUUUGGUGGGUUAUCAUUUGAAUUAGGGUUAGUCUAAAUUUCGUUUGAUUGAUAUAUGUAUCAUCGGUUAUUGAUUUAUUAGUGAAGUUGCGUUUGAUUUCUGUGUUAA